UCGCAACGGCAACCUGUAGAACGCAACGCGAGUUGAAAUGCACAGCGGUAGCGGUUGUAUGAAUUCUGUCGGAUCAUAUCAGCUGAUCUUUCGGUCGUUUUUUCGUUGACUUUUAGACUAGAUUCAUUCAACUGAACACAACUAGUUUAUUACCAACAUAAAUUUAAAAAUAAAAAGAUCACCUGUAAAAUGGAUUGUUCUUCUGAGGCGGUGCAGUUGCUUCCGGAUGAAGCCACCACUCCAAUGGAAUUGAAAAAAGGAAUGUCCAUAUUUCUGGAUAUCUUAAGAAGAGCAGAUAAAAACGAUGAUGGGAAGUUGUCGUUUGAUGAGUUCAGAGCCUACUUCCAUGAUGGAGUUUUAACAUCAGAUCAACUGAAGGAGCUCUUUAACACCAUAGACACUCACAACACAGACAACGUGGACACUGACGAGCUGUGUGAGUACUUCUCCCAGCACCUUGGUGAAUAUGAGAAGGUCCUGGCAGCCCUGGAGGACCUCAACAUAACAAUACUGAAGGCAAUGGGCAAGACCAAGAAGGACUACCAGGAAGCCACACACCUGGAGCAGUUCGUGACACGCUUCCUGUUGAAAGAGACAACCAAUCAGCUCCACUCGCUGCAGAGCUCCCUGGAAUGUGCCAUGGAGACCACGGCCGAGCAAACCCGUCAGGAGAGACGAGGCCCAGUGAAGCCUGAUGUGCUGUCCAUCCAGUGGUCAGGGAGAAGAUCCAGCCGAAGGCUUCAAAGAAACAACAGCCUGUCUCCUAACAACCCGCUACUCAGCCUGGUCAACUCAGGUCUGUAUGACGAGGACAACCAAUGGAUGACUCAGGUCAACAGACUCCAGAAGCUUAUUGACCGGCUAGAGAAAAAGGAGGUUCGUAUGGAGCCAGUUGAAGAGGAGGUGUUGGAAGGAAUAACCAAAUCACACAUCCUGAUAGUCCAGAGGCAGCUGAAUGUGUUGGAGGAGGAGCGGGAGGAGUUUCGCCUGGCUCUCAGGCAGUACAUGGAGUGUGCCUGUGCCCAGACAGGCUGUCUGCACCAUCUGCAGACCAACUACAGUAAGACGUUCCAGCGUGGCAACGUGGACUUCCUGGAGACACCAGAGCUCAUGACCACCAUGCUGGUGCCUGCCUCCUGGUGGGUCCUAAACAACAACUAAAUGACAUCACGGCAGGCCGACUGAGGACCGCUAUCGAUCAGAAACGUAGUUUGUAGUCUAUCGUCUAUCAUUAGCAUUGGGAAGAAGUGCACACACACACACACACACACACACACACACACACACACACACACACACACUACUGUCAACUUGUACUGUGAAGUAAUUCUGAAUUAUUAUGUAUCAGACCUCUGUGUCCCUUCCUCAUUAGCUGUGUAUUGAUGAUACUGUUCUAUCCUAGAUGUUUACCCAGUUAGGAUGAUACUGUUCUAUCCUAGAUGUUUACCCUGUUAGGAUGAUACUGUUCUAUCCUAGAUGUUUACCCAGUUAGGAUGAUACUGUUCUAUCCUAGAUGUUUACCCUGUUAGGAUGAUACUGUUCUAUCCUAGAUGUUUACCCUGUUAGGAUGAUACUGUUCCAUCCUAGAUGUUUACCCUGUUAGGAUGAUACUGUUCCAUCCUAGAUGUUUACCCUGUUAGGAUGAUACUGUUCUAUCCUAGAUGUUUACCCAGUUAGGAUGAUACUGUUCUAUCCUAGAUGUUUACCCUGUUAGGAUGAUACUGUUCUAUCCUAGAUGUUUACCCAGUUAGGAUGAUACUGUUCCAUCCUAGAUGUUUACCCUGUUAGGAUGAUACUGUUCUAUCCUAGAUGUUUACCCUGUUAGGAUGAUACUGUUCCAUCCUAGAUGUUUACCCAGUUAGGAUGAUACUGUUCUAUCCUAGAUGUUUACCCUGUUAGGAUGAUACUGUUCCAUCCUAGAUGUUUACCCAGUUAGGAUGAUACUGUUCCAUCCUAGAUGUUUACAUCAGCAUUUUCCAGUGCUGUGUCUCAAAUGGCACCCUAUUCCCUAUAUAGUGCACUACUUUAGACCAGAGCCCUAUGGAACCCUAUUCCCUAUAUAGUGCACUACUUUAGA